AAAAAAAAGUUAAAAAGAACGUGGAGAGCGCUAAUAUGGACCAACUCCUAGCCUCUGAAAGCGCGACUUUGAAAGGGGUGCAAUCAGCAUUAGCAUCAAUUUAUUUAUUCCUGAAACGCGCAAAUCGUCCAAAUAUCUUUAUCUUUUAAAAGCUGCUUAAUUGAAAUCCAUACAUAUGGAGCUAUAAUUGCUCCGGUCAUCGAACUAUCUCUCUCUAUAUCUUCCUCCCGCCAAUCUUUCAAUCUCCAACAAAACACAAAACACAAAACACAAAACACAAAACACUUGAAAAGUAGCGAAUUAGAAGAAGAAGUUGAAUAAUAAUACAAAGAUAAUGGAGGAAAGACUGUUGAAAGACUUCAAUUUACCACCUGAUGCGCCGGAAGAAGCUCAGUUGCGUUGGAGAAAAGCCAUCGGCUUAAUCAUUCGUAAUCGUCGUCGGCGGUUUCGAUACGUUGCUAAUCUUCAAAGACGUUCUCAAGCUGCCAAAACUCUACAGGAAUUACGUGUUGCUCUCAUUGUACAUAAAGCAGCAAUCCGUUUUAGUGAUGCUGGUAGAACUGAAUUUAAGCUUUCAAAGGAAACUCAAGAGGCAGGCUUUGGAAUUGACGCCGAUGAAUUGGCAUCAAUUGUUCGUGGACAUGAUAAAAAGGGAUUUCAUACCCAUGGGGGAAUAGAAGGAAUAGCAAAGAAAGUAUCUUCAUCAAUUAAAGACGGGAUCCCACCAAUUGAUGUAUCUCGUAGGCAAAAAAUCUAUGGACAAAACAAAUAUACGGAGAAGCCUUCUAGAGGUUUUUGGAUGUUUGUCUGGGAUGCGUUGCAGGACUUGACUCUAAUUAUUCUGAUGGUUUGUGCCGUGGUUUCAGUUGGGGUAGGAGUUGCUACGGAAGGGUUGCCAAAAGGUAUGUAUGAUGGGGUUGGCAUUUUGAUCAGUAUAUUUUUGGUUGUCAUUGUAACUGCUGUCAGUGACUAUAAGCAGUCAUUGCAAUUCAGAGAUCUGGACAAAGAGAAGAAGAAGAUAUUUGUUCAGGUGACAAGAGAUGGAACUAGGCAGAAGGUAUCCAUUUAUGAUCUGGUUGUUGGGGAUAUCGUAAAUUUGUCUACUGGAGAUAUAGUUCCUGCUGAUGGAAUCUUUGUCUCCGGUUAUAACUUGUCUAUUGAUGAGUCAAGCUUGACGGGUGAGUCUGAGCCACAAUGUGUAGUUCAAGAAAAACCUUUUCUUUUAUGUGGGACUAAAGUACAAGAUGGAUCAGCUUCAAUGCUUGUUACUGCUGUUGGUAUGAAGACUGAAUAUGGAAAGUUAAUGGAGACUCUAAAUGAGGAGGGUCACGAUGAGACUCCUUUACAGGUGAAGCUAAAUGGAGUUGCUACUAUUAUUGGAAAAAUUGGAUUAGUGUUUGCAGUAUUCACAUUUUUAGUGUUGACUAUUAGAUUUCUAGUUAAAAAGGGGGUUCAUCAUGAGUUCACACACUGGUCUUCAGAAGAUGCACUGCAACUCUUAGAUUAUUUUGCUAUUGCAGUAACAAUUAUAGUCGUUGCUGUUCCUGAAGGUCUUCCAUUAGCAGUUACACUAAGCCUGGCUUUUGCAAUGAAGAAAUUGAUGAGUGACAAGGCUCUGGUUAGGCAUCUUACUGCUUGUGAAACGAUGGGUUCUGCCACAUCCAUCUGCACUGAUAAGACUGGAACACUCACUACGAAUCAUAUGAUAGUUGAUAAGAUUUGGUUAUCUGCAAUAAACAAAGAGUUGAAAGGAAAUGCUAAUGCUGUGAAAUCAGUAACAUCUGAGAGUAGCUUGACCACCCUUUUACAAGUUAUCUUCUUAAAUACUGGUGCAGAAGUGGUAAAGAACCAAUAUGGAAAGAAUUCCAUUUUAGGGCAGCCAACAGAAUCAGCAUUGCUUGAAUAUGGAUUGCUUCUGGGGGGUGAUUUUGAUGAGUUCCGCCAGAAGUACCAGAUAUUAAAUGUAGAGCCUUUUAAUUCUGUUAGAAAGAAGAUGUCUGUCCUUGUAGCUUUGCCAGAAGGCGGUAAUCGAGCCUUUUGCAAGGGCGCAUCAGAAAUAGUUCUAGGCUUGUGCAACAGAAUGAUUGAUGACAAGGGUAAUUCUGUUGAUCUGUCUGAAGAGCACAUGAAGACUGUAACUAAUGUAAUAAAUGGUUUUGCCAAUGGAGCUUUAAGGACUCUGUGCUUGGCUUUUAGAGACAUGGAUGAAGGAUGUGAUGACAACAGUAUUCCUGAAGACGGCUAUACACUAGUAGCAGUUGUUGGGAUUAAAGAUCCAGUUCGUCCUGGGGUGGCGGAAGCUGUUCAGACUUGUUUAGCUGCUGGAAUCUCUGUGCGUAUGGUCACAGGUGAUAACAUUAAUACAGCCAAGGCCAUAGCUAGAGAAUGUGGUAUACUAACAGAAGAUGGUCUUGCCAUAGAAGGAUCAGAGCUCCGUAGUAAGACCCCGGAACAGAUGAAGGAGAUUUUACCAAGAAUUCAGGUAAUGGCUCGUUCAUUGCCAUCAGACAAGCUCAUAUUGGUGAGUAAUUUAAGAAAGAUGGGGGAGGUGGUUGCUGUGACAGGUGAUGGGACGAAUGAUGCACCUGCCUUGCAUGAAUCUGAUAUAGGUCUUGCUAUGGGAAUUGCAGGAACAGAGGUUGCAAAGGAAAAUGCCGAUGUCAUUAUCUUAGAUGAUAAUUUCACCACCAUUGUGAAUGUAGCCAAAUGGGGGAGAUCCGUCUACAUAAACAUCCAAAAGUUUGUACAGUUCCAAUUGACAGUCAACAUUGUUGCGCUAAUGAUCAAUUUUAUUUCUGCAUGUGUUGCUGGUUCUGCUCCUUUGACGGCUGUGCAGUUGCUCUGGGUUAACAUGAUUAUGGAUACACUUGGCGCUCUGGCCCUAGCCACAGAACCACCAAAUGAUGAUCUCAUGAAAAGACCUCCUAUUGGAAGAAAUGCAGAUUUUAUUACCAAAGCUAUGUGGAGAAACAUCCUUGGCCAAAGUGUGUAUCAGUUCACUGUCCUUUGCAUUUUGAGCUUUGAUGGAGAGCGGCUACUUAGACUUACUGGCCCGAAUUCUCAAGCUAUCCUGAACACAGUCAUAUUCAACUCUUUCGUAUUUUGCCAGGUGUUCAACGAAAUCAAUAGUCGUGAUAUAGAGAAAAUAAACGUCCUUCGUGGCAUGUUCAGCAGCUGGAUAUUCAUUGGUGUAAUGGCUUCGACUGUUGCAUUUCAAGCAGUCAUAGUUGAAUUUCUGGGUACUUUUGCAAGCACUGUACACUUAAGCUGGCAGCUUUGGUUGAUCUGCGUCUUAAUUGGAUCACUUAGCGUGCCUUUGGCUUUCAUUCUAAAGUGCAUUCCUGUCGAGAAAAAUGCUUCUCCUCAACAUCAUGACGGGUACAAAGCCCUGCCUAGUGGUCCAGAGCAAGUAUAAAUAUAUGCUGGUGGCACCAACUCUGAUCGGAAUAUAAGAUCGGUGCAUAACUUCAUUUCGCGAAGAAAGAUAUGAGCCACAGAACUACUUGAAGUAUUUUUUGGAAGUUGCUUCAAUUCCACAUCUUUUUCUCAUACCUGUGCCUUCUAACUCAUUUCACUGGCACCAAUAUCUCAGGUGUUGAUACCUUGGAAAAUCUUUAUUCUUGGUACUGCAUGACUAAUAUUAGAUACCUCCACACAUAUGGAGUUAACUACUUCAUUCAAUUACUUAUGCUAACCCUGUAUUUUAAGGUUGUUGAAAUUGCAACUGUUUCAAAAAAUAAAAGCUUCGAUCCAACACUCAAGUUUGUCAAAACUUGAACCAAAAUUUAUAA